GAAAAAUUGCAAGAGGUGAAGUACCCGUUGACGCUGUAUAUGAAGAUGAUAAAGUCAUCGCAUUUAAUGACAUAUACCCACAAGCACCAGUACAUAUUAUAGUCAUACCAAAAAGGAGAGAUGGUCUUACUAGACUAAGCAAAGCAGAAGAAAAACAUAAAGAAAUUUUAGGACAUUUAAUGUGGGCUGUUGCUGAAAUUGUAAGAAGAAACAACCUAGGAGAUUUCCGAUUGGUAGUUAACAAUGGACCUCAGGCAUGUCAAUCCAUAUACUAUUUACAUUUACAUAUACUAGCCAAGAGACAAAUGAAAUGGCCCCCUGGUUAA